AUGGCCAAGUUGGAUGAUAUAUCAAAAAUUGAAAUUGCUAAUGAAGUUCACUCACCAGCUCCUGUUCAAAAUAUAAACAAAAAUGCAGUUAAUGAAUGGAAAAUCUCAUGUGAACAUAUUCGUUAUGGCAGAUGUAUCUUGGUUUUAGUCUGUAUCAUUUUAAUUACGAUAAUUAUUACUGUUCCAACGGUUCUCAUACACAAGAAAAAGAUGAAGACCAAUAACAUAAUAGCAACAACAACGACCACAGGAACAAUAUCAACAACAACAACGACAACGACAACGACAACGACAACGACAACGACAACAACAACAACAACAACGAUAGCAACAAAAACAGGAACACCAGUGACAGCAAGAGUAGCAACAACAUCCAAAGCUCCAUUAUAUAACGUAAUUACCAAUAAAACAAAAUGGACACAGAAUGGAAUAACUAUUUUUCAUCAAUUCGAUUUUGGUGAUUUUGCCAGUAAUUCAAAUUCUAUGUAUAUUGAUGAUGAUGAUGAUGUUAUCUAUAUUCUUGAAGUACACACAGGUCGCAUUAUACAAUUGAAAUUAAAUCAAACGAAUCUUCCAAUUGUUAUUGGUGAAAAUGCGACACACGAAUUAUGGCGUCCAACUGAUAUUAUUUUUGAUAAAAAAACGGAUUCAAUGAUUGUUUGUGAUGAUGGAAAUUGGCGCGUAGUUCGAUGGUCUCGCCACAAUACAGCAGAUAUAGACAUAAUCAUUCCGAAAGUCAUGUGUCGUGGUGUAGUAAUGGAUGAUAAAGGAUAUCUCUAUGUUAGUGAUUGGAACGAACAUGAAGUCAGACAAUGGGAAAUUGGAGCUAAUAACAGAAGCACACGCGUUGCAGGUGGAAACAAAGCAGGAAAUCAUUCCGGACAACUUAACAUGCCAAUGUUUCUAUUUGUCGACAUGAAUUAUUCAGUAUAUGUUGUAGAUCAAAAUAAUCAUCGUGUAAUGAAAUGGAUGAAAAACGCAACAACAGGAAUUAUUGUCGCUGGUGGAAACGGUGCUGGAGCUAAUCUAACACAACUGUCUGGACCUACAGGUGUAGUUGUCGAUCAUUUAGGUAAUGUUUAUGUAACCGACACAGGGAAUCAUCGUGUGAUUCGUUGGAUCAAUGGUGCUAAAGAAGGUAGUAUUGUUGUUGGUGGAAAUGGUGAAGGAAAUGAAACAAAUCAACUGUUUUAUCCUAGUGAUUUAUUAUUUGAUAAACACGGUAAUCUUUAUGUCUUUGAUUCAUACAAUUAUCGAUUACAGAAAUUCGAAAUUGAAUCAAAUUGA